AUGAGGAAAUUGUUUGGUAUAAAGCGACAUAGCAAUUUGGACGGGGAAGAAGAAAAUGAGAGCCCGUCCACGGUGAGGCAUCAGCCUAUGGCUACACCUACAGGACCAAACCGGAUACUGUUUGAGACGACACAUCAAUCAGAUUCCAGCAGUAGAGGAUCUGUAUCUAAGCGCAAACAAUCUAUUCCUACCAGCCACCUAUCGUCUGCAUCGUCGGAUCAUAUUGUCAUUGCUCAGGAUAAUAGAAUUGAGAUUCCAGCUCACACCGUCAGACGAAGGGCAACUCUACCAAGCCUCAUACUCACCGAGGACGAUGAUACCAAGGGUUCAAUCUACUCGAACCUUUCUCCCACGAGUACACGACCAGUGAGUGUGGUCAUUGAGAGCCAUGAAGACCGUGAACACCAGGAGGAUCACGAGGACACCAAAUCGCAGCCAAGCUUCAGAGCACAUCGACGAUCGAGAAGUGCAGAUGCACUAAGAGACCUUGUGCGACAUCAUCGGAUGUCCCCAAUCCAAUGGCGGCGACGCAGUGACGAGAUCAAAUUUUGGAGAACGAGUGUACUUGAAAUGGAUGAGGGCGACGAGCUUGGGGGAGUACAACCUACUGAUAACGGCCAACUCAAACCAAGGAUGGACUCAUUGCCAGAAUGUGAGAAAACAAAAAGCGCCAAUGAUGACAGCCUUCCGUUACAAGAUGUCUCUACGUCAGCGCCAUUCCAAAUCGAGAGUUUGAUCGCCAGCAUGGCGGAUCCCGAUGCAACGGUUGAACAACGACUAACAACAAUCGAAGUUAAACUCAUGGAUCUGGAAUUUGCAAUCUCAAAAAUCCAAGGUACUGACAACAACGUCUUCUCCAAGCCUCCAGUGAGCUCCCCGGAACCCACGAAGGAGUCUUUGUCUCCAAUUCCGGCCCCAAGAUCCCCCAACGAUGCAUCAUCAAUCGUCAGCGAAGCCACAACCCAAAGCUCCGCAUCGUUUGGUGGCGGCGAAGAUCGCCCCAUCAGCACCGCAACUCUACGACCCAACAUGGUCUACUCCCAACAGCCACCACCCUGGCAAAACAAUUCCUGGUCCUCCAUGAACCUCCACGGAAUCUCCAUCGAGCAGUACAGUGCCCUCGUAACGCUCGUCCGUCGCGAACAAACCGCUCGAAAAGCGCUAGAGAAUCAAGUAACGCAACUCCAAGAAGAGAUGCAACAGUUCCGCCGCGCGUCGGGUCUACCGGCUUCGCCGCCGGGGACGUUAUACCCUAUUCCCAGCCCGGAUUCAGAUGAUGGCAAGUUUCGACGACGGACUGGCUCUUCGCGGAAGGAUUCGACUACCAGUGGUGAUACGAGGAUUUCCGAUUCAAAAAGGCGAGACAGUAUGAAGUAUCGACUGACUAGAGAAAGGCAUGACUCAAACAUGAUUUGA